AGCCGGACCUGGUGCUCAUGCUGAGGCUCUCGGCUACGGGGAGCCCAGCCGGACUAGAUUUACUGCUAAUCCAGCGUAAGGAGCAGCAUGUAGGGACGACCUGCUGGGAUUUUUACUUUUCUUUUCGCUGUCAGGCCUGUUAGAAGUUGAGUUCUGGCCUCUCUGACGAUGUAAGGAUGCCAUCUUCGCAGGCACGCUGAGAGAAACCUCUUUGUGCUGGAAGUUCAUGGCCAAAUGUGGAGUCGCCGUGGCCGAUGAAAAGCAGUUUAGAGGCACAAUGUCGGCCACUCAGGGGAUGAACCGCAGCGGCGUCUACAACUACUUCCUCAACAUGGUGGCCUAUCAGAUAUGUUGUUGCUGUGGACCGGCGCCCUGCUCACUCUGCUGUGCCUUCUGUCCUCCGGUCAAAUCGUCCACCAGCACGCGGGUCAUGUACACCCUGUUCCACAUCAUGAGCUGUGCUGUCUCCUGCCUCAUGCUGUCCCGCACCGUCUCCGAGCUCGUCAGGGAAAAUGUGCCUUUCUUCAACAUGGUGUGUGACCAGGCACACGGCGGGGGCCACUGUGAGAUGCUGGUGGGCUACUCGGCCGUCUACAGAGUCUGCUUUGGCACUUCCUGUUUCUACCUGAUGAUGGCGAUCUUCCUCAUAGACGUGAAGUCCAGUCAGGACUUCAGAGCGCUCAUACACAAUGGCUUCUGGUUCCUGAAGUUGAUCACUCUGCUCGGGAUGUGCACCGCUGCCUUCUUCAUCCCCACAGAGUCCUUCCUGCACGCUUGGCAUUAUGUUGGUGUGGUGGGAGGAUUUGCCUUCAUCCUCAUCCAACUCAUCCUCAUCACAGCUUUCGCACACACCUGGAACAAGAACUGGUUGACUGGAGCAGCAGAGAACAAGCGUUGGUAUCUGGCGGUGAUGUGUGCCACCCUCUUCUUCUACACUAUCGCCACCAUGGCCUUCACCUUCAUGUACAAGUACUACACACACCCCAUCGCCUGCCACUUCAACAAGGCACUGCUGUGGAUCAACCUGGGCCUCUGCGGCCUCAUGUCCUUCAUUGCCGUCACGCCGUGCGUGAAGCAGAAGCAGCCUCGGUCGGGGCUCCUUCAGGCCUCCAUCAUCAGCUGUUACGUCAUGUACCUCACUUUCUCUGCGCUGUCCAGCCGCCCGCCAGAGAAAGUUGUGUAUCAGGGCAUGAACAUGACCGUGUGUUACCCCAGUGUGGGACAAGACGGCAUCCAGAACGAAGGCAACGCUGUGGCCAUAAUCGGAGCUGCCAUCAUGUACUGCUGCGUCCUGUUUGCAUGUAACGAGGCUUCGUACCUGGCGGAGGUGUUCGGCCCGUUCUGGAUGAUCAAAGUUUACAAAUACGAGUUCCAGAAAGCCACCUGCUGCUUCUGCUGCCCCGAGGAAGAGGAAGCUGAGGAGGAGUUUGAGAUCGAAGACGAGAACAAAGGCUGUCAGAAGGUGAUUCACAACGAGACACAGAGAGUGGCCUACAGCUACUUCUUCUUCCACUUCGUCUUCUUCUUGGCCUCGCUGUACGUCAUGAUGACCCUCACCAACUGGUUCAGCUACGAGUCGGCCGUGCUGGAGACGACGUUCACCCACGGCUGCUGGUCGACCUUCUGGGUGAAGAUGUCGUCCUGCUGGGCCUGUGUGAUCCUCUACCUCUGGCUGCUGCUGGGUCCUCUGUGCAGCUGUCAGAACGAGUCCAGACCUCGCCGAUCGCGCAUCAAACGGCGCUCGGGAUCCUCCCGCCACGUCUCUGUCACUGUCUGACAGGCGCCAGGCGGGAGGGCGGCGGACGGGGCGAUGUGUGGACGACGGGUCAGGUGACUCCUAGCCUCCCCCCGCCGUGCCCUGUGGGGGGGACUUUUAGGAAUGGAGGUCACAGGGGUCAGGGGUCAAAGACUCACACUGUGGUGAGAAGGACCAAUCAAAGGGCUCUGUGCCCUGUCGCUACCUGGAUCACGCCCUGAUGUCACACUGCAGCGAGGACUGGACUGUGGUCUAGAAACACUUACAGUUUGAAUUGCCAAAGGGAUCCGACGGGGUGAACUCACUCUGUUUAAUGUGGGAAUUACAGUAAGUAGCAUAAAGAUGGAGACAUUUAUAACUUUAAUUUUAGUGUUAUUUUCAAUUUAUGGCUAUAUUUAGACUUUUAAUAUUAUAACAGAGGAGAAUUCUAGAUACUUGCUGUAAUAUUGCUGCAGAAGCAAACAUCCCAGUUAUGUUGUUUUUUCUUUAUGAUAAAAGAAUCUGCCCGAAAAAAGAAAGAAAGAAAGUCCAGUUUGUCCUCUGAUCUCAGCAGGCAGUCCCCAUCUGAUCCGUUUUCAUCAUGAACAAAUCUUUCUCAAAGUUCAAACAUGAUGCAAAAGAUUGCUCCACUCGGACUGUUUCAGCAGCUCUGUAUGGGGGACGUUUUUGUUAAAACUAUAAUCAAAGAAGUGAACUGAAUAUUAAAGCAGAUCAUCUAUAA